AUGCAGUUGGUGCGGCCCGUCUGCAGACGAGGUUGCAGAGAGCGUCCGCUCUGUGGAUCUGAUUUGAAUCUGCCGCGGAUCCGCUCCGCAGAUUUGAUUCUGGGGCGGAUCGAAGGCGGAUCCGCCCCAGAGUCUGUUGCUAUCUGGGAUAUAUGCUACGUCCGACAAAAAGAGGAAGAACUCUUUGAAAGUAAGGAACUUAGUCAGAAGCAGCGGGACGAGAGCUCUGAACUGGAGAAGUUGGUUGAAAACAUGAACGCGUAUCAGGAAGACCAACACCAAACCAUCCAAGAGUUGAGACAUCAAGCAGAAGUCUUAGUUGCACAAAACAAGGCAUCUGAGCUGGCAUUAUCAACUCUCCACAAAGAUCAGGAGGAGGUGUUAGAAGAAGGCCGUCUGAGCCAAUCAGAAGUGCUUUGUUCUGACGAUGCAAAUGAAAGAGUCUGUGAACCACCAUUGGCUGAUGACACAAGUGAACCAGGGAAGGAAGAAACUCCUGAAACACCCAACGGCUUCAAUCGUGUCAAAUUCGCAGCAGCAUUCCUUUACGCAGCAGGUCUUGGCUUGUGUAGCUACAUAAGCUAUAGGAUGGGCUCGGACAACCUCUACGAGUCCGGCCUUCCUUUCUACUAA